UGUGACUUGACGCUGAAGGAAGAUGGUCUCCAUUAUGUCAACUUCAAAAAUACCAACAGUAGCCAGAAGCUUCUAACUGACUGACAGCAAUUGUAUAACGAAAAUGUUUAUUUCUCGUUAUCGCGUCGAGUGCCUGAUACGUUUUGAAUGAGUUUAGCGGGCUAAAAUUAGCUCGUCAGCUAGCAUGAACUCACAGCUUUUGUUUACAUCCAGUCCUGAUGAUGGGCCCGGAGAGGUGUGUUAGCUAACCCAGCUACCCGACUUGUUUGAGGGGAAAGUGUCUUUCUGCCGCCCGCGCUGUCGGGACCGGGGUCGUCCAUCAGAAGCAUCAGAACGGCUGCCGCCUCAGGGUGAUGGAAGUGUCCCCUCAGGAUCCAUCCCUCAUGGCUAUGGACCUGUCCAAGGGCUACUCCAUCAACCCCCUGACCUGUAGCCACACUGAAGCCACGGACCUGGCAAAGAAGCCCGAGUGGUACCACAGACUCCCACCGAGCUGCAGCACCGAGAUCAGCUCCCCGUUCAGAUCGAGAGCCUCGUCCUCCUUCAACUCUCAGCUGCAUCCUGAGCUGGGGGCACCAGCCCUCUGCAGGGACAUGGAGCAGGGCCCCCACCCGUUAGGGAACUACAUGAAUUCAACACUAGCUCCUGGGUUGGAUCUGUACCAUGACGGAGUUCAUGGCAACCUGUGGCAUCCGGGAUUCUACGGGCCCGACCCGACCGGCGACCCGGCCCCCGAAAGCAGCGGAGGAGAGGAGAGUGACAGCGGCUCUGAUGUCAUUUUCCUCCUGUCCUCCGCUAAGGAGCCGCUCUUGUGCGGUUCUUUCAUCCAAGACAGUGUGAGGCACAUUGUGGAGCCCCUGUCCCCAGCUGCGUCCUCACUGGACGAAGGGAGAGGUUGCUAUCAUCUACCUCGGCCUCUGAGCUCACCCAGUCCCGACAGCUCGUACUCAGAAGACUCCUCGGACAGCUCCGUGGACAUUCCCGUACAUCACACCAGGCCCAUAGUGCUCCUGUCAGACCUAAGUGCUGUUUACGGCAACCCUGCCGACUCUCCGGUGGCCGAAUCUCCGGUGGAUGUUUCAAGCGAUGACAGCGACGUUAUCGAAGUCUCGGUCACUAACAAAAAAAAGAAAAGCAGCGCCUUUUCUUGUAAGAAAGGUGUUUCUUGUAAGAAGAGUUUGGAGAGAAAAACUCCUCCUCAGAGCGAGGAGAAGAAAGCUUCGCACAGAGUUCGACGUAGUACCAGAAUCCGAAAGUCGGUGUCCGAAAUUCCUCAAUAUACCUGCAGUGUGUCUCGGCACAGUUUGAGGAGACAAGCUAAAAUGGACGCAGUGGGCAUUUAUAACGAAAGUUGCGAUUCUGACGACAUGAUGGAGUACGCAGUGAGGUUGUUCAGCUCAGAUACAAACGAGUUGGCCUCCAAGCCAAACGUGUCACAAAGAGCGAGCAGUAAUUCAGAGGAGUCGGAUGUGGACCGGUGGACAGACAGGAAGUCCCCGCAGAGAAAGUCCCAGCCUCGCCGCAAAGCGUUGAACGCGAAAAGUGCCAAUCAUAAACUAAAGAAGCCCCGCGCCCUUCGUCAAACUAAAAGGUUGGGAAAUAAACCGAAACAGAACUGCAGAAUCGCAACGGAGCAGCAUGAAAAGAAAAGAAACAAAAAAUCGGUUGCAACACGGAAGAAAAGAGUGCGCCCACACACCGGCCCUUCUGCCCUGUUUUCUCCAAGAGAGCCAGAAAUCAAGCUUAAAUAUGCAAACAAAAAACUGGAAAAAAAUAACAAGAAAUUGGGAAAUUUUAGCCCUUUUAUUCACUUGAAGAAGAGGAUGUGCACUGUUGUUAACUAUCAGGAGGAGGAGGCUAAAGUACGGAGCAGCCGAGCACGGCAGCAGACCGCCACCAGGUCUCGGUCUGGCUUUGUUCCUAGGACUUCCUGUUUCCAGCUGGGUCGGUCCAGCUCUCAAAGCAGGUGUCAGGCCACGCUGUUGUGCUGCCUGUGCGGUCAGACGGCCAACGCCAUGGGCCUCGGGGACCUGCACGGCCCGUAUUACUCCACCAGCCCAUCUCUGGGCCGCGGGGGCGAGCAGAAAGAGGACGAAUAUUUACUUGUCAGUAGACGUUCAGUAAAUGCCUCCGAUGAUGGUUUCUAUGGUUACGACUGCUCUACUUUGCUCGAGAGCAACGACCACUCUAUCCCAAAGGUGCCUUUUCAUCUGGAUGAGGGCUGGAUCCAUGAGGACUGCGGGAUCUGGUCCGCCGGCGUCUUCCUGGUCAGAGGGAAGCUCUACGGGUUAGAGGAGGCGGCGAGGCUCGCACAGGAAACAAUAUGUUCAGCGUGUCAACAAACAGGGGCAAUAAUGGGAUGUUUCCAGAAGGGCUGUCCCAGAAAUUACCACUACAGUUGUGCCAUUCAGUCAGGCUGUGUCCUAAAAGAGGACAACUUCUCAAUUAGAUGUCCAGAGCACAAGAACAUUCUGCUCACAAGCGUAACCAGACAACACAAGAGAUGACACGGGAAAAAUUGGGGGGCACUUGAGAAUGAGCCACCGAUCUCCUCAGGGUGCGGCGUGAUCUGCCUGAUUUCACUUCUCGUUUUAUAACAUGAAGUAAUGUUUGAGCAGAAGGGGAACCUUCUGGUAAGAUUCCACUCGACAUCAAAGACAGAUCUAUCAGGGGCCACGUUAGGAUUUUAUCUUUGGCACAUGGACAUGGUGCGUGUGUGUGUGCGCGUACGUGUGUGAAUAUUUAUUCCUCUUCUUAAAGGUCCACUCUUGGACCAGCCAUGUCACAAACCCAAAUUAUUAUUUGAACAUAAUAAUUAUAUGAAUUUAAAUGAGCUUUAUUGAUUUGUUGUAUAUAAAAUGAUAUCUUUAUAUAAGGCCACACCUAUUCUUUCUACAGUUUUGUACUACUUUUUAUUACUGUUAGUGCUUCAGUAAUUAAGGAAAUUAGUUAUUUUCAAAUUGCAUGCAUAAUUGUUGUUUGCUACAUCGCACUUUAUAGUAGCAUUUUAUUCUUUUCGGUUAUUCGCUUAUGUCUAUUUGUAGACUUUGUUUUACCCUUUUUACUAAUAUGUAAUUUAAAUGUAAAUAUGAACUAAGAAAGAUUUAUAAUAGAAAUUUGGAAUUCCGGUUCAAGUCUAAAGUAGUACUGCAACGGAGAACAUCCCAUCCCCUCUGAUUGAGACCACGGACUGUACAUUCAUCAUAUUUCAUGCACUUUUAUUUCUGGUGUCAGGUUUGGAGGCGUCUCUGCUCUCAGAAUGUGGCAAUUUAAAAUUGACAAGCAGAGGAAAACCUCUCAUAAACAGAAACGAGAGUUCAGUACAGAAAAAGAUGUGUUCAGUGUGGUCAUGGCCAAGCUGGUAAAUUCUUCUCUUAUGGUUCCAGGGCUUCUGAAAGGGUAAAGUUAAAGGGUCAUUUCAGUGAAAUCACAAAUAUGGACUUACCCCAAAGUGGUCUUGGUUUGAUUGAUAAGGUUAGUAGUCGGCUAAUCAGGAGGGUUUGCUGCUGUUCUCUUUAGUAUGUCAUUGUAAAAGGAAUAUAACAAACUACACGGAAAAAACACAAAGUAUUUCAAUGUGUCACUUUUGGCUCUUUGGAUCUACUGUUCCCAUAAUUUGUGGGCUUUGGGAGAUGUAAACAGGAAGUAUACUGUCGCCAUGAAUUCAAUGAGUUAGCUGUGGGCUACGGCAUGAGCCCUGUUUUUGUUGGGCCUAUAUUUGUUUAAAUCUUUGUCAAAACAGCAUUAAAAGUAUGCAGAAUAAAGUAUUCACACUUUCUGUUUGCAGUAUAUUCAUAGAUGCACAGACAUCACUGGCUGUAGUACUUUGAUAAUGAAGAAAACUUAAAAGCUUGCUGAUUCUCAGGCAAAUUCUGGAGUUAUAAGGAGUGUUUUCUUUGGUAAGCAGACUAACUUGAGACCCUAUUUUUUCGCCUCUAUUUGUUGACGUAUUUGACAAAUUAGCUCAAUGAAAAGUAUGCCGAAUUAGCUGUUAGCCGUUCCUGUUUUCAGUGUACCACUGGAUGUACAGACAACUAUCACCGGAUUACUUUGAUACUGAGAAAAACUU